AUGAGUGCCCACUGCCAUAAAGAUCAAGGGGUGGACGGAUUUCGCGACUGGGACAAUCUCAAACGGGGGCUUCCUGUGCAGCAACGUCAAACCCAAGCCCUCCAUCAGCAAGCGGGCGUCGCCGAGGGUCCCUGUGGUUUGCCAGAGCUUCGCCAGUUUCAACAGGCAUUAGGCUCUCAAUAUCAAUUGCUGGUGAUGACCCGGAUGAAACCGUUUUUUCUGAUCUUCAAAGGCCCUGACGCGCCUCAUCCGAUACGUUUACUCAAAUCCAAUGAUCAUUUUGAUGGCUGCACGUCCUUUCCUGCAUUUGUGAACCGCUCGUAUUAUUGCCUGGACUGUGAACGAGGGUUCAACAACAACGAUCGGACCCAUCACACUUGUCAAGGGAGACGCUGCAAAGCGUGUGGUCGAUUUGAUUGUCAAGAUUAUGUGCGUGGCACCCGCCCCACGGACUAUUGCUCCUUAUGUCAUCGCAAGUUUUACGGCAGCCAAUGCAAACAUCAUCAUGUGGUCAGCAAGCAAUGUCAAUCCCUUAAAACCUGUCUCAAGUGCCAGGCCCAGUACACGGUGGUUCCUGACCGACGUCACCAGUGUGGGUACGCCAAAUGUCCCGUGUGUCACGAAUGGGUGUCCAUCCAAUACCAUAAGUGUUACAUUCAACCCGUGGUCGAGAAUGAGGAGUCUGAACCCACAGAGGAGGGGGGAGGUAGCAUGGUGGCGCCACCCCCUCCUCUGUUUGUUUAUGCCGAUUUUGAAGCCAUGCAGAAUGCGGAAGGCGUGUUUGUGGCCAAUUUGUUGUGUUAUUCGUCCAGUGAAGAAACGACCAUUCAUGUGUUGGACGGGGAAGACUGUGCUCUACAAUUUUUGCAUGAUUUGGAUGAUAUCACGGUCCUCCCGGACACAGAGGGUGAACGGGAGAUUCUCGUGGUGUUUCACAAUUUAAAAGGGUUUGACGGCAUGUUUAUUUUGCAUGAACUGUACCAGCAACAACGCGAAGUGGUGGAUCAACUGACGGUGGGCGCCAAAGUGUUGUCUUUCAGGAGCGGAGCUGUCAAAUUCAUUGACUCGUUGUGUUUCCUACCUAUGCCACUCGCCUCCUUUCCCAGCACCUUUAAUUUGACCGAAUUAAAGAAGGGCUUCUUUCCGCAUUUGUUCAAUACCCCAGAUCACCAACAGUACGUGGGCCGCAUCCCCGAUUUGGAAUUUUACGAUCCCGAGGGCAUGAUGGCCAAAAAGAAAGACGAACUGACGCGUUGGCACGCGGACCAAGUCCGUCGUAACGUGCGUUUUGAUUUCCAACAAGAAAUGAUCGAGUACUGCAAAUCAGAUGUGGCUCUCUUGAAAGCGGGGUGUGAAGCCUUUCAGCAAGAAUUUGAACGGCAGGCUGGCUUCAAUCCUAUGGCCAAAUGCAUCACCAUCGCCAGUGCCUGCAAUCUCUAUUGGCGCAAGCACCAUUUGACUCCCGACACCAUUGCCGUCGAACCACUAGGGGGUUGGCGAGGGGCCCAAGUCAACCAAUCGCUCAAGGCCCUACAAUGGCUGUAUUAUCAGGAACAUCUCCUUCCCAAGGAGGGGGCCAGUGCCGAUCGCAUUCGUCAUGUUCGGAAUGGGGGCGAACAGUUUGUCCGGACCCUCGUGAACAGUUAUUUCGUCGAUGGCUACGAUCCCUUGACCCGUACUGUCUACGAAUUUCAUGGGUGUCUCUACCAUGGCUGUCCCACUUGUUAUCCCAUGAGAAAUGUCAAACAUUAUGCAGUGCCAGACAGAAGCGUCGAGGAACUCUAUCAAGCCACGCUCUCCAAACGCAUGGCCCUGCUCCGAGCGGGUUACACGGUGAUUGAAAUGUGGGAAUGUGAAUGGGAUCGACUGGUUGAUGACGAGCCUGCUGUCUCUCAGUUUCUGGCUUCUUUUGAUCUGGUGGCUCCCCUGGAACCCCGUGACGCCUUUUUUGGGGGACGCACCGGUGCGGUGGCUCUCCAUGCCGUGGCUGAAGAGGGGGAGGAAAUACGCUAUGUGGAUGUGACCUCCUUGUACCCGUGGGUGAAUAAGAACUGCCCUUACCCUAUCGGUCAUCCCAAGAUCAUCACCCAACCCGCUGACCAGUCCCUGGAGUCCUAUUUUGGUAUUGCUACGGUGGACAUUCUCCCUCCGGCUGGCCUGUUCCACCCCGUUUUGCCUGUACGCUGUGGCCAAAAGCUCACCUUUCCUGACAGAGCAGGCCCAACCCAUGUUGACCCGAACCCAGUAUUGCCCUCAUUCGGACGCGGAUCGCACGCUACGUGGGACCUGGUGCACCCCCGAGCUGGUCAAAGCCGUGGAAAAAGGGUACACCCUCAUCAAGAUCCACGAAGUCUGGCAUUUUCCCCCCGAGCAACGCCAAACAGGUCUUUUCGCCCCUUACGUCAACACUUGGCUCAAGUUGAAACAAGAAUCCGCGGGGUGGCCCAGUUGGUGUCAGACCCUCGAGCAAAAACGCGAGUACAUUCUUCGUUACCAGGAACGGGAGGGGAUCCGACUGGACAUUGCCAGCAUUGCCAAAAAUCCCGGUCGCAAGGCCACCGCCAAGCUCAUGCUGAACAGCUUCUGGGGCAAGUUUGGGGAGCGGAUGAACAAACCCACCACCGUCACCGUUCAAAACCCCGCCCAUUUGUUCAAUCUCAUUUCUGA